UUAUUGCGACAUCCUGUAUAUUACAAUGCACUCCUCUUUUUUUUGUGGUAGAAACAAAAUCUUACAAAUUAUGUACACACUUAUAAAAAGUAUGGCCAUAUGUGAUAGUAAGCAAAAGGUCAGUGACCCAUCACACAGACAAUUUUUCAGCUUUCAUGAUCUCCAAUAAUCGAAAACCGAGUCCCUCACGACGUGGGUGUUGCGUUGGUUUAUCUAACCUCCAGGAGAUAAAUAAACACUUCUAAAUUUAUUCCAGCAUUUACACUGGAAACAGUCUUUGAACAUGUCCAGAGUACAGUGGAAGUCCAGACGGACUCUGGGAAUAGUAAUUUCCUUGUUAGUUCUGUAUUUAACCGUGCGGAUAAAAAAUUACGAGCACAAAGCGGGCGUGUUUUUGUCGGAAACGCACCCGAACGAAGUGUGGGAAUUCGUGGCCGAUUUCAGUAACAUGAAGACUUUAAACCCCACAAUAACUGACUUCACCAUUCUCACGGAAAGCGGCAACUACGACCACUGGAAGUACUCAACGCAGUACUCCGAGUACUUGUCCCACUGGCCACACCUUCACAACGUGGCAGUGGCGCAUUUUAACGUAAAAGCGGACGCCAAAAAAGACGUCUAUUUGAUAAAUUCGGUCCACAAGACGUGUCUACUAUUCGGAUUUUUCUGUCUUGACUCAGAGAGCGAGUUUAAAUUUAUGCACGGAAAUUCAUCUUCCAAGGGCUCUUUUUGCGAAGAAAACAUAAUUUACCAGUGUCCAGCCGUGCUGUCGUCGUUUUGCCGAAGAGAAGUGGUCUUCCAAAGGGACGCCAUCAUGAGGAAUUUGAAGACGCAUUUUUUGAAGAAGACGCAUCGAAGCUGAUCUAUUUUUGUAUAAUUACAGUAAAAAUUUAGAAAAUACAGUUAUUAGUUCAGUUAUAAACGAA